AUGAAAAAUACUCAUAAAAGGAAAGGUUAUCAACUUGACAAGAGAAUUAAUAAAUCUGCUUACCUUGAUUUUAAAAAAUAGAUGCUUCCAUAAAAAUUUGAAAUUCCACAUGAAAGAGAAAAGCCUUUGGAAGUACGUUCCCUUCUUGCUAAUUUGGAUUAGGAAAACUAAAAAAAUAGUAUUUUUGUAAGUCUUUAAUCUAUACUUGUUAGAAUGUGACAUAAUCACCAUAAUUGAAAAAAUAUCUAAUCUAAUCAUAUGUAUCAGAAUUCCCCUUAUUAUCUUCUUUAAAUAAGAUAGAAUUGUUUCUAAAUAGAUAAUAAAAUAAAUUAAAAGAACAAUCCAAAAGUGAAGAAAUAAAAUCUUAGAAAAAUCAUAGCUAAAGCACUGAAGUGUACUCUGCUAAUAAGGUAGCUUGA